AUGGCAGAGGCAGCAGCACAGAUGGACUCGGUGCAGAGGUUUGUGCGUUUCAGUGACGUGCUCGUGUACUUCUCCGAAGAGGAGUGGGAGCUACUUGAUGAGGCUCAGAAAAGCCUAUACUGUAGUGUGAUACUGGACAACUUUGGACUGGUGAUCUCAGUGAAACUUGAAAGUUCCAGAUACUCUGAGAUUACCCAACCCAUGCCAGAGAGAGAGCUCAGGGUUCCUGACAAGGAAGACACAGCUCUAGCCGAGGCAGAGAUGAUCCGGUCGAGCCCUAAAACUGGCUGUUGGCAUAGAGUGGAAGAUGAAGAUGCAUCUUCUGAGCAGGGUGUUUCUGUAGGAGUGUCACAGGUGAGAACUCUCGAGGUGGGUCCUUCGAUCCAAAAGAGCCACCCAUGUGAAAUGUGUGACCCGAUCUUGAAAUACAUUUUGAGUCUGGCUGGGCAUCAGGGAACAUCCCCUGGGCAGCCAUCAUAUCCAUGUAAGUCAUGUGGGACAGCCUUCUGGUUCAGUGUAAACCUUGACCAAAUCCAGAAGCAGCAGAGUGGAGAGAUAUUCCCUAGAAUGGAAAAUGUCCAGCCCUCGUCUGUGAAGAGCUCUGAGAGCCAAAUGUCAGAGAAGGUGUUCACUUUCAGGGAGGGUGGGGAGGACUUCUUGGCCAGCUCUGGACUUGCCCAGCACCAUACCACUUAUGAUAGGAAGAAGCCAUACGGGAGUGCUGAGUGUGAGGAGGCCUUUCACACUGGACAAAGGGAUUACAAGUGCAGUAUAUGUGGGGAAGCUUUCAGCCACAAAGAUGAGUUUGUUCAGCACCAGAAAAUCCACAUGGGAGAAACAUUUUAUGAAUGCAGCGAAUGUAGGAAAUUAUUUAGCCAUAGAACCUACCUUAUAUUACACAAGAAAGCUCACCUCAAAACAACACCCUAUAAGUGCAGUGAUUGUGGGAAAAAGUUUUGCCACAAAGUCAACCUCAAAGUACACCAGAGAUGCCAUACAGUAUCAAGGCCUUAUAAGUGUGCUGAAUGUGGGAAAUCCUUUAUCAAAAGAUACCAGCUUGUUCAACACCAGAGAAUUCACAGUGGAGUAAAACCCUACAGGUGCACUGAAUGUGGGAAAGUCUUCACCCGAAAAGACACGUGUACUCAACACUGGAAAAUUCACAGUGGAGAAAGGCCUCAUGUGUGCAGCAUAUGUGGGAAAGCCUUUCUCCGUAAAACUGCAUGUGGUAAGCACGAGAAAAUCCACACUGGAGAAAAGCCCUAUAAUUGUGAUGAAUGUGGGAAAUUCUUUGGCCGCAGUUCCUGCCUUUCAAGACAUAAGAAGAUUCACAGUAGAACAGAGCCUUAUGCAUGCAAUGAAUGUGAGAAAACCUUCAACACUAAUUUCAACCUUACUCGACACAAGAAAGUUCACACCAGAGCUCUUGGGCUUGUGGGUAAAGUGAAUGUGGAAAAUUGUUUGGUGGCAACUUCAGCCUCAUUAUACACCAGAGAUGUAACACCGGAGCAAGGUCUUAUGUGUUCAGCAAAUGUGGGAGAGCCUACAGAAGACCCUCUCACCUUGCUUGGCCCGUGA